AUGGUGGAUAAGUCGGACUUGAUGCAGACCAUUGACGCGUUGAAAGCAGAUCGCCCGGAUGUAGAGAUUCGGCAUCAGGAGCUUGUGUUUUUCGAUCUUGCACAGACUGUGUCAACUUGGCCAAAGGCGUGGGCAGACUUGCUCAUGACCAAACCAGCAGACCUCCGCAAUUUCAUCUUUGGUCGCGUUCCCGUGCUAAAAGGUCUCGUGUUUGAGAGCACAAAAACGAUGGGGUCGAAGCUUCGCUCGUAUCUGCCAUCAUUGUGCUUUGCACAUGAUGAAGAGAAUGAGAAGGAUGCAGAGAAUGCUGAGGAGCCAGCUGCGAGCAAGAGCGAAAUGCCUUCCUCGCUAGUCAGCAUUCAGUCCAUCCACAGAUGUUGUGAGAGCUCUGAGGGCUCUGCGUCAUUGCUGGAUGACUCCAUGGACGCUUUCCUCCUGGGAGCGGACGAGCUGGACGUGUCCUUCCUGUGCAUGGUGCAGCACAAGUUGCAGUUCAUGGUGUGGUCCAUGUACUCCCAGCACUUGCGCGAGAACGCUUUGGCCAGAUCAGUGCUCAUCGACCUCGCCAAGAAAGGGGGCGAGUCCGUGAUCAUCAGCAAAGAUGCCGUUCUUUCGGAGAAGUUCGAGAUGAUGAUGGCAGGCACUGUGUCAAUGUAUCCGCAUGGAACGCCUGGGAAGGAUCACUAUCCCUUGUGCUGCCUUUUCGGCAUUCAUUUCUAUGUUAACGCUCCUAAGGACAUGUCCGCAUUGGAUUGCGUCGUGCCAGCAUGGUGCACGAAAGUUGUUGCACGCAAUGACAUGGCCUACUUUUCCGUGCAGCACGCAGACGUGCCAGUGGUCAUGUACAUGUCGGGCGGUGAGGGCGGCUUGCAGAUGCAGUUUGCUAGCAGCAUGGGCGAUACAUUUCGCAAGGUUCUUGGAACGGAGACUUGCUUCGCCGAUCGGACCCAGAAAGAGCAGCGCAAGGCGAUGGAAAAGUUCGAGACCAGUGGUGAUGCGGAGGGCAACGCCGAGCGGACACCGUGGCAUCAGAAGCGCAGUGAUGGACAGCUGCGUGGUUUGGAGUUCAUGUUGAGGAUUGACAGCGUGGUCCCCAUGGCAGACAUUGCAGACAGGAUCCAAAAGUGGCGUGACAACACGGUUGGAAAGGCCACGAAGGCUGCCGAACAGACACUUCUCAAGGCCUUCAAGAAAAGCGGUGCUUCCAUCAACUCUCCGGAAGCUAUGCAACAGCUCAAAGAUGUUGUGGAGGAAGCUGGACAGAAGGCGGAGGAGUUUUUCGCUUCCUUGAGUGUUCCAUUAUGCCGCUUGGGCUCCACAAGCGAGACGUCCACUGCCCGUGGGAAGGCUAUGUUAGAAGCCUUGCAAAAGGCCCAGAACACGGCCACGCCGGUCGAGAACUCGCACAAGGUCGGGCUUGCUGCUGCUUUGGCUGAGAAGGAGCGUGAAGGGGCAGUCAAGUCGAAGAAGAAAAAUUCGAAGGCCAAAGGCACUUCGGAUAAGAAUUCAAGCAAGAAUUGCCUUCUGACCCUGGGCAAGCACAUGCUCAAGUAG